AUGUAUCAACACCACCAAGGGCUGGAAGACAUCAGCCCCUCUGAAGAGGUGACAGAUACGGAGGAUAAUGAAGAGGAGGACCUGGGAGUCCUGGACGACCAGCGGAGCAUCAUCCUCCACCUGCUCUCCCAGCUCAAACUGGGCAUGGACCUUACACGGGUGGUGUUGCCUACCUUCAUUUUGGAAAAGCGAUCACUCCUGGAGAUGUACGCCAACUUCAUGGCCCACCCUGACAUGUUCCUGUCAAUCACAGCGGGGGCCACAGCCGAGGACCGGAUAGUCCGGUUUGUGGAGUAUUACCUGACCGCCUUCCACGAGGGCCGGAAAGGUGCCGUGGCCAAGAAGCCCUACAACCCCGUGCUGGGGGAGACCUUCCACUGCUCCUGGGAAGUGCCUCGGGACAAAGUCAAACCUUUGGUCAGAUCCAACCAGGGGUCCUCCUGGGAGCCAAGCAGGGGCCCCAACAACACGCAGCAGGGCGCUGACUCACCAGCAGACUGCUACACUGUCCGGUUUGUGGCCGAGCAGGUGUCCCAUCAUCCACCUGUGUCUGGGUUCUACUGCGAGUGCCGGGAGAAGAGCAUGUGCGUCAACGCCCACGUGUGGACCAAGAGCAAGUUCAUGGGAAUGUCUAUAGGAGUGUCCAUGGUGGGAGAAGGGGUCCUUUGUCUCCUGGAGCAUGACGAGGAGUACGUGUUCACGCUGCCCUGUGCCUACGCCCGCUCCAUCCUCACCGUGCCCUGGGUGGAGCUGGGGGGAAAAGUCUCCAUCAACUGUGUCAAGAGCGGCUACUCUGCCACCGUCACCUUCCACACCAAGCCUUUCUACGGAGGGAAGGUCCACAGAGUGACGGCCGAGGUCAAACACAACCCGACCAACACCAUCGUGUGCAAAGCUCAGGGCGAGUGGAACGGCACGCUGGAGUUCACCUACAGCAGCGGAGAGACCAAAGUGAUCGACACCACCAAGCUCCCGGUCACCAGGAAGAAGCUGCGGCCUGCCGAGAAACAGUCAAGGACAGAAUCCAGGCGGUUAUGGCAACAUGUCACCAAGUCGCUAAAGGACGCGAACAUCGAUAAGGCCACGGAGCAUAAACACCGGCUGGAGGAGCGGCAGAGAGGAGACGAGAGGCAGAGAACAGCUGACAACAAACCCUGGACCCCCAAAUACUUCACUAAAGAGGGAGAAGGUUGGAUCUACAACAGCCCACUGUGGAAGUCUACCUGACAGCAGAUCAACGGUCUCUCCUGACGGACAAUAACAGAUCCCCCUCCACACUGAGGUCAGAGGUCAAGAGGAGGGAGCCAUGACCUUCAGACCUGAGCUGCAGACUCUGUGACACCACAUGAAGGAAACAAGCAAGGUGCCAAAGCGAUUUCCACUGUUAAAACCAAGAUGGUGGUUGGAUCUCUUGGGACUAUAGUACGUUUUAUAUACAGUUAAUUCAUAGUAUUACUAUCAAAGUAGAGUAUUUCUAUUUUACACCUUGCCAAGGCCUUUUUUUGCACAUGCACUGUAAUGAAGUUUGCCACUGGUGUUUUGUUUUUUUGUUCCGGACAUUGUAAUUGUUUGGUUCCAAGCUUUUAGUUUGUAACGCAGCGUUAGAAUGAGUUGAUACGAGUUCCCUGUAACACAUACUACUGUAGCUGUAAAGAGUUGUUAUAAAGCACUUUUAUCAUAGAAAUAUAUUUAAUAUUUUAUAUCUAUGGCUUUUACUAAUCAGGGUGGUCUUUUAAAAGCUUUACAGGAAGUAAGAACACCUAACCACGUUUAAAUGAGAUAUGAGUAAAGAGUUAAAUGUACUACGUUAGGUAAUGUGUUAGUAUAUAUUAUCAUUACAGUGAGCUUCUAGAAAGUAAAGGAUUGUUUUGUCUGCACUAUGAAUGUAUCUGGGCACAUUUUAAUGGCUUCUUUUCCAUCUUGUACUGUCUAUUACACAUGCCCUUUGUGUUUUUAUAUUUGCUCCAUUUCAAAUAUUCCACCCGUGGAGUGAGACGCCUCUGUAAAACAGACGCUUUCCAUUACUACCUCUCUAAUUCGGCUAUUUCAGCCAUUAGUCACUUUGUAUCCUUCUUCUUCAAAACAGAAAAUACUGGUUUGUUUGUUGCAAAACGUUUCUGGGUCCUCUUAUCUUUUUUUACUCAUGCCCCUAAAAUGGCACUUGUGUAAUUAGGCAGCCCGUGCCUCUUGAAGUUUAAUACUUCUCCUCAGGUCGCCCGUGGUGAUGAAUAUGGAUGAAGAGGCUUGUAGAAAACACACAGCCAUGUUCUCACAUCUGGGGUUCGCUGGGAGGUUGCCUCUGUGAAGAUGAGAGGAUAAUCCAGCAGAAUAACAACCCCUGGGAACUGUUGGAGAGAAAAGGAAACGUGUCGGGUCAUAAUACCGUGGUAAUCACUUUCUCUCACGUUUGACAAACCAUGUUGGCUGUCUUCUCAUUUAUCUCUCAUUGCAUUCCCUGCUUGAUUCCUCAGGCGUUCCUUCAUUUACAUUCUCAAAUAUGAAUACCAUUUUAAAUCCAGGUGAAUUUACCAGAUGCCUAUUUUGUCAUUUAGAAAACAUGUCAUCAACAGCCACUUCAUCACUUACCUUACCUGACACUAACAAGCAGUUUGUUGUUAUGAAAGGCUCCAGAAUUCACUGUGAUUGUGGAGGAAGUAAAGAUUGUCCCAUUAAUGAAACCCUUCUCCAUUUUUUGGUUUUUAAUAAACAUGUAUUCUCAUGA